AUGAUGAAAACAAAAGAUCACCUAACGCACCUACAACUCUUGCAGCUACCAAUGAUGAAGAUGACAAAAUACCCACAAUCAGUAAAAAUAAAUCUACUAGAAAAGGAAAACCCUCUUACCAAUGCUAUGAAGGAGCACAAUACUUACAUGCAAGAAUCAGACAAAAAAAUGUUGGCUGAAAUGAAGGAACAGGCAGAGAAGGAUAGAGAAUUAAGGAAGGAAGAGCUGGGUGCCUUCAAGGAUUCCAUGGCACUUCUUGCAAGUGCCAGGAAGAGCUGGGUGCCUUCAAGGAUUCCAUGGCACUUCUUGCAAGUGCCAUUGCAGGAAGAGCAAAACCAAUAA